AUGAAUUCCGCCAUGAUCAAGCUCUUCCUCGUCUUGGGCCUACUGGCCACCUCCUGCGUCGCUCAGGCGCCGACCGCCACCCCGACUCCGGCACCCACCGCCGUCCCCACGCCGGCAACUCCUGCUCCUGCUCCGGUCGCCACUCCGACUCCCGCUCCGGCUCCGGCGCCACUCACCCCUGCUCCCACUCCAGCUCCCACCGCAUCCCCAACUCCCGCACCUUCAACUGCUCCCUCCACCGCCCCCACCCCUGCUGCUGCUUCUCCCCCGGCUCCCCCUACUUCCCCCGCCGGCUCGCCCGCCGCCGGACCCAAUGCUGACGUCCCUCCUUCCGGAAACUUCGCCGCCGGGCUCGACAGAGUCUUCGUCGCCGGUACCGCCGUUUCGGCUGCCCUCUUCGCCUUCGUGGCUUUGGCCUAG